CACCUAGCAACAGGGCAAACAGAACCCAGCGGGACUCUGUCCCCGAGGUGCCUCUGCUGCCACCCGGGCCCCCCCGGGGUGGCCUGUCUGCCCCAUGCAGCACCCCAAAACCCUCUACCCCCCAGCCAUACCCCAGGAAGGCUUCGGCCCACGGGGCCUGGAGGGCACUGAGGUGCCAGGUGGCCCAGAACCGCUUCCCACUGUAGCCAGCACCAACCUGCUCUAUCAGACUCCCGGCUCGGACCAGGAUGUGCUUUCUGCGCCUCCAGCAGAGUGUCUGCCACCUGCAGGCUUCCAGAUGGCUCCCUGCGGCUGCUUCUUUGAUCCCCGCAUCUACCGAAUCGAAUGGGCCACCUCUGACUUCGGCCAGUCGUCCCUGUACAAGGUGGCAGUGGCUGGGGGUCCCACCUUGUCCAGUGGCUACCUGCUGGAGGCCCCAUCCUACCUCAAGACCCCGGGGCCUCCGCCUCCGCUGUAUCCCCACUACCAGCCAGCUCCCGGUGGGCCACCGUACCUCACACACUACCUUCCACCUGAGGAGUCUGGGCCCGAAGCAGUGGGCUUUGUGGGGGAUGGAGGGCCCCUCAACUUCAUGGAGAUGCUCAGAGAUGGCCUGGCACCCCCACCAACGCCCAAAGAGACUAAGCCAUCUCCCUUGCUCAUCACAGUCCCCACAGCACACACGCUGCCACCUGGACCCUAUGGCCAUCUCAGUGGCAAUGCUAGCCAGUUCCCAGGGCCCCAGGUGACCAUGAGGCCCAUAGAAGCCCCCAGGGAGCUGCAGGGCAAUGCUGUGGCCAGGCUGGGUCUGCGGUUCCCUCCUGGGCCUGCGGAGCCCAAGGUGGCCGAGGUGGAGGACAUCACCCCAAUGGGCUCAGGUGAGACCGUGCCUCCCGAGGUGGCCCGCGCUUUCUUCUUACCGGACAAGGUCCUUCUGGAAGAUGCCAUGAAACUUUUUGAUUGUCUCCCUGGUGGCGCUGAACCUGAGGUAACCCUGCACAGAGGUCCCGGGCCCAGCCCGAGAGACAGUGGUGGUGGUGGUGGUGACUGCACAGCUGACAUCCGCUCCCUGCACCUGCCGGAUGAGCUGCUGUCCUUCGACUAUGGUGUCCCUGAGGUCCUGGAUGCUGUGGCCAGUGUGGAUUACGUUUUCAGCUUCAAAGCCCUGGAUGAUGAGCCAUUGCCCCAUGUGGGUGUCCCUGUCACUGACACAGUGGCCCCUGGCCUACGGUCCCAUCAGUCAGGGAAGAAGACCACCACAUCCACCAAGAAAGGGAAACCAGGUGGCAGACACAGGCAGACUGCAGGCCUGGCUGGCACCACCACCUCAGGACCCAGUCCAGACCCGGGAACUGCCCCCAAUUAA